AUGGUGAAUUUUAAUAUUUCACAGGUCAACCACCAAAGUUUCAUUUUGACAGGUAUCCCAGGGAUGUCAGAUAAAAACCCUUAGAUGGCCUUUCCCCUAGGAUUUCUCUACACACUAACUCUCCUGGGAAAUGGCACUAUCCUAGCUGUCAUCAAGGUCGACCAGAGUCUCCACGAGCCUAUGUAUUACUUCCUUUGCAUCUUGGCUCUGACAGACAUUAGUCUAUCCACGUCUACUUUGCCCUCCAUGUUAAGUAUCUUCUGGUUCAAUGUCCCUGAGAUUACCUUUGAUGCAUGUAUCACACAGAUGUUCUUCAUUCACGGAUUUGGAGUGGUAGAAUCAGGAGUUUUAGUGUCCAUGGCCUUUGACAGAUUUGUGGCUAUCAGAGACCCACUGCGCUAUGCUUCUGUCCUUACUCAUGGCGUCAUCAGCAAGAUUGGGACAAUUGUUCUCAUGAGGGCAUUCUGCGUGGUCUUCCCUGUGCCUUUCCUUAUAAAGAGACUGCCUUUCUGCCGGUCCAAUGUUUUAUCUCAUUCAUACUGUCUCCACCAGGAUGCAAUGAGACUAGCCUGUGCCAGCACCCGUAUCAACAGUCUCUAUGGUCUUAUCAUAGUCACCUUUACUUUGGGGUUGGAUGCCAUUGCCAUUCUCUUUUCCUAUGUGCUUAUUCUGAAGACUGUUCUUAGUAUUGCCUCGAGGGCUGAAAGGCUCAAAGCUCUCAAUACUUGCCUUUCUCACAUCUGUGCUGUACUCCUCUUCUAUGUGCCUCUCAUAGGGGUUACCAUGAUGCACAGAUUUGGGAAACACUUGUCACCAGUAAUUCACACACUCAUGGGCAAUAUCUACCUGCUACUUCCCCCAGUACUAAACCCCAUUGUCUAUAGUGUGAAGACCAAGCAGAUACGGAGGCGGAUCAUUUCUGUGUUCCAGAGAAGAAAAAACAGGGAGUAG